AUGCUCGUUACGUGGGGAAGGGAGUUACUCACUCGACUCACCGGCCAGGGCGGCGCGCCUCUGGGCCUCCACCUUGUCGACGCCGUCACCGUCACCGCCGUCGCCCGCCGCCAUCUUCCGGCCGGCAGCAGCACUUCUGUGACAGAGGAAAGCCCGGAGGCUCAGCAGAUAUUCCGGGCAGUGACAAGGUUUUCACCAUCUUCGUGGGAAGAUUGUGAUUACAGUAAUAAAAUUGCUCAUCGCUUUGAAAUUCGUGAGCUUGAUGAAGAGUAUUCAAGAGUAACUGCAAGAUUUUUUUCUGAUGGAUGCCAUGUGUCAAAAGUUGAAAGGGUACAAAAUCCUUACAGAUAUGGUCAAUAUAUUCUUCGAAAAUUACAACUUCAAGUACGCUAUGGUCAUGCAGCAUCAGAGACAACAGUAUACCAUGCUGUGCCUGUGAAAGAUGUUCAAGUAGCAGUUGAAACAAGUUGUGAUGUUAGAAGGUACCGCCCAUCAGCAGGAAGAAUACCAACAUUUUACAGUUCACCCCAAGCUGCUCUUAGUAGAAUUAGUGAAAGUGAGAAAGCAGUUAUAGUUUUAAAUAAGUUGACAAGUUCUGAAUAUGAUGUUUGUCCAAUGUACGUUGUUUACAUCAAUUAACAAUUUUUCCUUUGAGUUGUAACAUCUCAAUAUCAGUAUUGUAGAUUUUGUACAAGUUUUAAUUAAUCAGUAGUGUUUUUUAAAUGGUCAUGAGUUCAGAAAUGCAUGAGUGAUUUCUACAGAAUUUUAACUAUUUUUUCAAAAUUUAUAAGAAUAUGACAAUGUAUGAUAACAUUGUAUACAUUAUAAUAGUUCUAAAAAAAAUAUUUGAAAUGAAAGGACCAACAACUAUUUGUCUUUUAGUGCUGUUUCACAUGUUAAAAUAAUGUUGGAUGAAAUUAAUGGUAAUCUAGAUAACAUUACAUGCAUUUGACCACUAGUCCAAAUCUCAUACUUUUAUAAUGUACAUGCUACAUGUGUAGUCAAUAUUUUUAUUAUUUAUUUACAAAUCACUAGAAUUCUCAAAGGUGUAAAAAACAAAGUAUUACUUCCAAUUUAAAAAGAAAAGUGCUCUAAUUCUAAUACUAUGAAAGAUUCUUAUACAAGCAGCAAUGCCAUUGCGUACAUUAAGGCGUGAGGUGGAAUACAACGAACAUUGCCAUUGGCAUAAGAAUCCCAGAAAAUUUUAAUUGAAUUUUUUCUCUGUAAUGAUUAGUAUUUUGAUGCUUAACACCAUUGAGAAUUCCUAUCUCCAAAUACGUUUAUUUUCACAUUAGAAUGUGAUGAUUGAUGUUAAAAUGCCCAUUAGGGCUUUGUAUAUUUUACUAAAGUUUCUUUUGGAAAUAUUAAGGUAAUGACGCAAUUUAUAUGUGUGAUAUCAGUGUGGCCUUACAAAUUCAUAGUUUAUGUAUUCCUUUAAUUAUAUUUUUAUAAUACAUAUAUGUAAUACAUUGUAAUUUUUUCCCUCCAAAUAUAUGUAUUGGCUUAUUUUGUUCAAAUUAAAUAUGUAUUUUUAAUUGUCAAAUUUAUGUUGUCGAUUUGAUGGAAUAAAGUUGUCAUAAAAUAGACACACAUAACCUGCAAUAUGUACUCACCAAUCAUGUCACCUACCUUGGCCACAAGAAAAAUUGAAUUUGUUGUUAACUCGUCGUUCAGAACAAAAUUCUUGACAAGGAGAGAGUUUGAGCGAUCACGUUUUCAUUUCAUGCAAUCCACAAUUACGAGAUGAAGUCGUGCGGUUGGCCUGGCAUCACAUCUUUCAUGUUGCAGUAUUGGUCCUACUGAUAUCUAUUUCAAGUUCUCGUGCAGAAUACACGGAACUAAUUUUGAAACUGUAGUUCACCAUCUGUAGCCACUUUCAGGCACAAAAUCUUUACGCAAAUUCUCUACGUUUUCUCUGACCUCAAUAUAAAACUAGUGAUCUGCAAAGUAUGCAAUACGAAGACCGUUAUCUAUUUUUAUCUACGUGCAAGUUAACAUAAGUCGAGCCACGAUAUUUAUAUUGAGAUAACUGAAAUGUGGAGGAACGUACGGCUUCGCGUCUGCUGCAGAUUACCUUCGCCUCUGUUAAACUUAUUUAUUUGUACUUGGCAAGUUAGUAAAAAUAAAUUUUCAACAAUACAGUCGCGUGGCUCGGACUGAAGAGUUGGGCCUAAGUGAAUGUCUGCAGAUAUUUCUAAAAAUAUCUUAUUUCCCAAAUUAGGUAUAAUUAUUUCCAAUUUGGUUAAUCUAUUAACGAUUAAUGUUAAAUCAGGAAGUUAACAGAAAUUUCCAUAACGAACACAAGACUACAAUAUAGACGACAUGGAAUCUCACGUUAUGCAAUGUGUAGAAAUAUGAUGGCAGGAUUGUUAAUAAACCUACAAUAAACAGAAGAAAACCAACUUUAAAAUUAAAAUAAAAAGUAUGCUUGUAAAGAAUCUGACAAGAUGAGAACCAGAGCAUGGCCCAUUAGUAGUUACGGACGGUCUUUUAUAUUCUAUCCCUCUGGUCAUAUGACCAGAGGAAAGGGGUAAAAGGACCGGCCCCAAGUUUUGUAACGCACAUUUGGAACAUUUUGAAUACUCAUCACCACCUGUAUCGCACCUGUAGCGCGCUCUUGAACCCCUCCUAAAUAAUUUCGUAAUGCUUGCGACCUCUCCCCACUACAAAAAGGUAAAAAUAAAUUAUUACAAUACAAACAAUUUUUAUUCAUUUUAGUGUGAUAGAUAUAAGUUAAUGGUAAUUAGAAUUAAUUGGCGAUGCUGACCAAACAAAAUUGGGGGAUUAUUACCUAAAGGCGAGAAAAUUUCAGACUAGUGCACAUGUGAAGGAUGGGCGAGUAUUUACUGUAUAAUAAAUAUAUAUUAAUACAUUUUUAUAUAUUAAUAUAUAAUAUUUAUUGAGUCAUAUUCAAUUACAAUCGUGUAUGACGAGUCAAUAUGUCUUAGGUGGAGAGAUCGAAGUUAAUUACUGUG